AUGUCGCUUACAACUAAGCUUCGGCGCACUCGCAAACAGCCACCAGAAGGAUGGGAUCUCAUCGAACCUACCCUGGAAGAGUUCGAGGCGAAAAUGCGAGAAGCGGAGACGGAUCCACAUGAAGGGAAAAGAAGGACGGAAACGCUUUGGCCCAUAUUCAGAAUUCAUCACCAACGAACCAGAUAUAUCUAUGAUCUCUACUACAAGCGAGAGGCUAUUUCUCGGGAGCUUUACGAAUUUUGCUUGGCAACGAAAAUUGCGGAUGCUCAACUCAUCGCAAAAUGGAAGAAGCAAGGAUAUGAAAAUUUGUGCUGCUUAAGGUGUGUUCAAACAAGGGAUACGAACUUUGGCACGAACUGUAUAUGUCGAGUCCCAAAGAGUAAACUCGAUGCGGAUAGAGUCAUCGAAUGUGUCCACUGUGGUUGCCGUGGUUGUUCUGGUUAA